CAAAAUAUUAAACAGCAGAAAACGGUUGAGAAACACAAAUUUAAAGUGGAACACUUUUUUCAAGAGUCCCUGGAGCAGGCGAAGGCCAGCAACAAAUCGGAGCGACUCGCGACGGACACAAACCGGUUGAUGCUGGAGGGUUUGCCGAUUGAUUUGCCAAAUUUCUCCAAAACGACGGCGCGGACCGGUUUGGAGUGGCACAAGUGGAGAUCCUUGUACGCACUGCAUCAGAGUAAUUUGAUCGCGUCGUCGACGAGGAGGAGGACUGGCGUUGUGCAUGACAAACAACUACAGCUACCUUCUGUCAACAUUCAGCUCGAAGACCUCCUUGACGCGUUUGAAGUUUCUUCCCCACCAGAGGCAGGCUGGAUCGCUCAGAUGAUUGGUGAGUACCAGCAACAAACUAGUGCCUUUACAACUUCUAGCGGUUCUGGUUCUCGUAUGACAAUAAACAAGAGCACCGCCUCCAAUCCCUGGAGCAGAGAGCUACUGGAGAAGUGCGCAUCCAUCGUCGGCGGGUUGCUGAUAUGAACUGCAAAAGUAUCGUACUCGUAGUAAUGACAAUCAUGCAUUACGAUUACAAAUCUUUUUCUUAAGGUAAAUCCGCAUGACAAAUUUGAUUUUUCAUGCUGACGUGGAAAUUUGUAAUGCAUUCAUACCAGUGCAGCGAUACUUUUGCAUUUCAUAGCUGAAAGACCCGGCGAACACGGGGUACGACUACUCAAUCCUGUCCGAAUAUGGAGGUGUCAGAAUCGAAAUUGACAAAAUCAAAAAUCUGUGAUGCACAAAAUCGAUGUCAGUUGGAGCCUCACGCUUUCAAAUGGCGCAUGACAAAUUUCGGGAGCUGCACCCAAAUCCGGUCUGUCAUGUUGCUUGGGCAAAGGAGACUGCUCCUGUCAUGCUACUCUGGCAGCGCAUGGCAUACCCGCCCUAAACAGGCUUACAAUUAUCGGCCUCAUUUGCCUGCUCCCCGAUACAGGCCUUCAGUGCCCUACAUUUUACGCAUCGCAAAUUUAUUUCGAUUUUGUCGAAUUCGAUCCUGACACAUCCAUACCGAAGCGGCAUUCGCCUGUUUCAACGUAAAUACCCUUUCGGCCGAACUGGAAUUAAUGGAGAUGGAGAUGGCAGAGGAGUUAGAGCACCUCCAAGGGGAAGAUGAUGGUCAAGACCUGCAAGAGGACGACUCCAAUGAAGAAUACUCGUCCGGGGAAAUCGAAGUGGAAGACUUUGACCAUGUAGUUGAUGAAACGUCGCCACGAGGGCGAAGAAGUCCUGGCGCUGGCAUAAUUGGAGGAGGUUCAUCGUCUCUUAGCGGCUCAACCGCAAAAACCCUCUCCUCCUCGGAUUUUUCUUCUCCAGGUGCAGGGAUGAACAAAAAGCCGUUAGCGCUGCGCGCAAGACAAGUUCAGGUUUCUGGUGCUGUGCGGAAGAGAAGUAGUAGUACGUCGAGGUCCACGAGAAAUAAGAUGACAAAUAAGACUCCGGUGACAGAACAGAGAAAGCAUAGCUCGGAACGGUCACGACCCAAGUCUACUGAAACUCGCGGAACAGCAUCAAGAUCAACAAAGCGCCGCCCACCCGCCCCAUCUCCGCUGACGAAUUACACGAAAAACAAGCAGCUCAUCGAUUACAACUCUUUUCCUCUACUGAAACUCCUCUCCACCAUCCUCACCGCCGGGGAAACCCAGGUAAACGUGACCCGUGCGGCGGUGUUGCCGCUCCUCGGCAGUCUCAACGCAAUCCUGCGGGACCGGAUCUUCUUGGCGAAUGAGAUCGCGGAUAAUUAUCCAUCUGAAGAUUUGUCGCCAGAAGAUGAAGGAGGUGAAGCCGCGAAUCUGUACCAGCAGGGUCGUUUGAACCUGAUGCAGGACCUGCCGCCGGGGUAUAGUCAGUUGAUCGCGAAAUUACUGGUUUACAACGAGGCGGUGUUGCGGGACGGGUCAAAAACUCUGGCGGAGGCGGAUGUCGUUCCGAAGAUUUCAUCUACGCGGGAGCAAGGAAUAAAGGUGGGUCAGGACGAGUCAGACUCUGCGUUCGUGCGCGACAGGCCCUAUAAUUCCUCAACCACCGACGUGGAGUCCAGCGUAUCUGAGGGCGAAGCUUAUCCAGGAAGAAACACCCAUCCCCAUCCAAUUUGUCAUGCACAUGCAGAACAUGCAUAAUUUUCCGUGUUUGUCAUGCAAAAAAUGGAUGGGGAUGGGUUUGUUUCUGUGGAUAAAGCUGCGUCUCCGUUUCCCACGGAACGCGAGAUGAGCAAGCUUCUUGGAGGCGGGGAUGAAGAUAAUGAUGCUAGUGCUUCUCCCUCCUACGUGAACACGCUGCUUGCCUCCGGAACGGGGCAGGUUUCUGCAAAGCUGAACAAGGGGAUAUUAGGACAAGCAGCACCAAAUGAUAUUAAAUCGCGGAAGGCUGCUGCUGGAAUAAGUACUAGAUCAAAAGCGAAUAACAAUAAAUCCGCUGAAGAAAAAAUCCAGCAAGACCUCGCCCAAUCAUCCGCCUUCGUCCGCAUCACGACCCUCUGCUUUCUCGAGCGCCACCCGGCCCUCGCGUCUUCCGUCGCGUUUGCGCUGGUUGAGUUCCUCGACGAGGAGGCUUUGAAGUCCGGCGCGCGGGUGGCGCGGAAAACGAAGUCCAAGGAGCAACAGGAACGCGUGCUGGAGCCGAAAAACGCGAAACCUUUGGUGCCGAACCACUUGUCGGACUGUAUGCAUUGCAGAAGUAUCGUACUAGUAGAAAUCGCAUGACAAAUUCACUCAGCUUGAGAAAUGGAGUUUGUCAUGCUGUUUUGCCUUGGGAUUGAGAUUUGUAAUGCAGUACUGCGAUUACUACGAGCACGAUACUUUUGCAGAGGAUAGACUACCACCGGGAGCAACUACGGGCGUGGCAAGCAGUUGUGGUGCUGAUCAACGUGGUGCAGCCGAAAUACCUCGCCAGCCUCGUGCCGAGACUCAUGUACCACUUUGGCUUGCCCCAGCUGCCCGACGUCCGGUCCUACAUCGAGUACGCACUCUGUAUCCUCGCGGAGCGAGAGCAGAAGCGACGCGACGACAACGUGAAGGUGCGAGACGACUACCGAAUAUCCCUCAAGUUCGCGGGCGCGCCCAGCGAUUUGGGCCGCGUGUCGGAGUACUUCACUAAUGAAUUAUAUCCAAGAAAAAAACUGUGGUAAUGUAGGUCUUUUGGAAAAACAGCAUCACAAGUUUGUCUGACAUGACAGGACAAACUUGUUAUGCGCAGAUACAAUAAAGGGAAAACACAUAGGAAGCGAGCCAGUCAUGCAUGUCGAGCAUGACAAGUGUAACUGUUUGGCAUUUUCUGCAUCACAGAUUUACACUUACGCAGUUUUUUUCUUGCAUAAAUUAGUCCGGAUUUUGAACGAGGUGGGGACGGGCACGCCGCAGGUGUAUGAACUGCAAAUAUGUCUGUUUCUGGAGAAUACAAACUUGUGAUGCGCAUUUCAGAGCACAGAAAAAUCUCUAAUGCAUAGGCAGCAACAGUUCCCAUUUUCUGUCACCAAAGUGGGGGAUUUUUCAUGCGGAUCCGGCAUUGCAAGCGCUUCUCGAAACCUGUGAUGCUAGAGCUUCCAUGGCAGACCUUCUGUGUCAUGCAAAAGCAACAUGACUCUUCCAGACCCAGACACUUUAACUUUUGCAAUCCAUAAGGUGCUGGCCUCCGCGAUUUUGGUGGCGGGCUACUGGGCGGAGAACACGGAGCUGUUGUCGAAAGGCUUGCUGUAUCAAAUGCAAAAAUGUCUGGGUCUGGAAAAUUCUGAGACUUGUCAUGCAAGUUUUGCAUGAGCCGUGAUGUCUGUGAUGCAUGCCCUAGCAUCAGUGAUUUUUUUAAGGGCUUCUGGAUGCCUAUUGCGCAUGACAAAUGCCCUCUUCCCGUAGCGAAAAUUGCACUCCCUUUGCUGCUCAUGCAAUACAGAUUUUUUUGGAAUCAAAAGACAGCAUCACAAGUUACCACCCUCCAGACCCAGACACUUUUGCAUUUGAUAUGCUGCUGAACUCCCUGUUGUUACCGUAUUUGACCAGCAACGUGGCAUUGGUCCGCGGGACCGCACAGCUGGUGUAUUAUAGGUUGCACGCUGCAAUGGCCGGCGCGAGCGGACACCAAUUUAACAUUUCUGACGUGGACAGUGUGGAAACCGGGGAGGUGCUUGGUGGAACGACCAGUGCUGGUGACUUGUUUACGAUGCAAAAUAACGGUGGGCCACCAGCACGACAGGAGAACCAAGGAGCUGCUCCUGCUUUAGCAGGUCCACGUGUUUCAGGCAUCGUGGAUGAACAUCAUCAAAACAACCGGCACUACACCUCUCAGCUGCUCCGGAUGCUGACCGAGCACAAGGACCAUAUCAAAUGCAAAAAUGUCUGGGUCUGGAAACUUGUGAUGCUGGGUGGCGUCUCAUGAUGAGGCCACAAGUGCUGGCUCAGCAUGACAAGUUUCUGAGCUUCUAGGUGUUGCUUAUUCUGCAUGACAAACUGCGUCCCUGCAUCACAGAAAAAUGGAGCUCUUGCGUAACGUGCAUGACAGAUUUAAGAGCCAUGCCAGACAAGCAUGACAAACAUGCACUCUUCCAGACCCAGACAUAUUUGCACUUGAUAGACAAUGUGAAAAUGCGAAAGCGGUUGGAGCAGAAUUUGCAGCACUGGAACCCGAAGCUCCAGUCCCAAAUCGCGCUCGUCUUCGAAAACAAAGAUGCGAUCUACGACUACCGCCCGAGCUACAUGUUUCUGUCGGAAAUCCGAAGUUGCAUCGACCAGGAGAUUAUCCUGUGCAAAAGUAUCGUACUCGUAGUAAUUCCAAUUGCAUUUAUGCAUUACAAAUCUCUUUCUCAAGGCAAAUCAGCAUUACAAAUCUAAUUUGUAAUGCUGGGCUAAUUUGUAAUGCAUUUAUACGAGUACGAUGCUUUUGCAAUCCAUAGAGAUGCAGUCUCUCUGGCACAAACACACGGAACUGGACGAGUCUAUGAAGGUGGGUCCGAUGGUAUGCAAGAAAAAAACUGUGUAAGUGUAACUCUGUGUUGCAGAAAGUGCAAAACUGUUACACUUGUCAUGCUGGACAUGCAUCAGAGGCAAUUUUCGUGAGUGUUUUCACGUACGAGCUACGCAUGACAGGUUUUCUGUGUCAUGCAGAGCAAACUUGUGAUGCUAUUCCUCCAAGAAACUUACACUUACACAGUUUUUUUCCUGGAUAGAUGGGCUACAUCUGGGUGGAUGAGGGCGAGCAGUUGCUGUCUCAGUUGAAGGACAAGGUGCAGGAGGCGGCAAAGGUGCACCAAAUAACAUCAACUUCUACUACUGGCACUGGAUCUUUGCCCGACGUGGCGCUGCAGAGAAAGUUUAACCCGUUUACCGGUGGCGGUACUACUUCUGGGGGAACUGCAGCUGCAGGAGCUAGUACGGAGCACGCAGCGAGAGAUCAAGAAAAUGGCGGAAACAUGAAUGCGUUGAACUACAGUGAUAUCCACAGUAAAUUUCCCGUACACGACGUAAAAAUGCGGUCUCUGCAUGACAAAACUUGGCUCCGAUCCUAGUCUAGCAUGAUAAGUGUUACACUCGUCCAAAUUGGUGAAGUUUGUGAUGCAUCUUGUACAUGUACGUUGAGCUGGGCGCCUCAGAUCAAAAAAGUCUUCCAAAUUUCUCCCAAUUUUUUGAGAUUUUUUUUUUUAAAAAAUUUUGGGGCUUUUCGUUUUACUUUGCAUUGGGAAAAAGUUUGCGACUCACGUCGUCAGGUGAGUUUCUAAGGCGGCUGCGCCUUCCCGCCUCCUUUGUUGAGUCGAAGCUGCAUGGUAUGCCGCAUCGAUGCUAUUCCAAGUGGUAUGGUGGACUCAUCAAACACUUACCAAAGCAAGCGUCAACUUUUCCGCACAAAAAGUGCUCACUUUUGGAAGCCAAAAAUGAUCACUUUUGAGCUUCCAAAAAAGUCUCUCGCUUUUCCUCCUCGAUUUCGCCUUCCGACCUUGCAGACCCAAAAAAAAAGUCUAGAAAAAAGUCUCCUCUCCCCAUUAUGUUCUCAAUUAUUGCCGGUCUUUUUCGGUUUCACCUUCCAGAAAAUCGAGAGACUUUUUUUUUGAGGUAAAAAUGGGAAAGGAUGACUUUUUUGGAGUUCACUUUUGGCCAUCAAAAGUGAGCACUUUUUGUGAGGAAGCGUCGGCCUUUCUAGAGGAUACCGAAAAAGAUCGCUGGAAGUAGACAAGAAAGAAGCAGCUUGCAAUGCGGAGAAGCUGCAAAAAAAAGCAGUACUAGAACAAGAGAGGUCUAAUAAAAUAGUGCAGCGGAGCUUCGCGGCUGGCCGUCGAACGUUGGCUCCCGGCGACGACUGCCCAUCAAAAAUUUUUUUUUGAAAAAAAAAUCUUAAAAAAUCGAGAGAAAUUCGGGACGGGGGUGCCAUCUGAGGGCGCCCAGCUCAAUGUACGGAAAAUUUGUAUUGCAUAAGUGACGACACAGGAGCCGCAACCUCCAUGUCCCAAAUCGAGGACCUCUUCUUCGCACAGCAGCUGGCCGGCGCAAAGAAGAAACAAACGCGGUUAUCAUUUGUAAAAACGCCCCCACCCCAGACUUGUCAUGCAAAGUGGCAUGCCCAAGCCCAUCAUGUUUCUCGUGCGCAGCCCCUUUAGAGCCAUUUUCGAAUGCUAUCAAUCUGGAGGUUUGUGAUCAUGCUGGGAUCAGGAUAAGAGAGUCGAUUUGUCAUGCGUCUGCACUACCUCCAUCUCCAACCGCCCUACACUACGAGUCCAAACUUGUCAUGCGAAACAGCCAAAUCUUGUUGAUUUGUGUAGCAAAGUCGCCAUCUUGUUGACUCUGGGGCUGGGAGGUUUUUCCUCUGGAUAGCGGUCGAAGCUGAUCGUAGUCGCCUCGUUGAUCGACAAGGCGCCGUAUCCACAGUAAAUUUUCCGUACACGUACAAAUGCGGUCUCUGCAUGACAAAAUUGGGCUUCGAUCCUAGUUUGGCAUGACAAGUGUUACACUCCAAAGUGGUGAAAUUUGUGAUGCAUCUUGUUCAUGUACGGGAAAUUUGUAUUGCAUACGCCGAACCUCGCCGGGCUGGCGCGUACCUGCGAGAUUUUCAACGCGGAAGCGCUGGUGGUCGGAAACAAAGACAUCAUCAAGGAUCCCGGAUUUCAGUCGGUGUCCGUGACAGCGGAAAAGUGGAUCAAUUUGCUGGAGGUGAAGCCGGAAAAUUUGAAGCAAUUUCUCCAACUACAUGCCGAGCUGAAAGAGUACCGAAUCAUCGGCGUGGAGCAGACCCAUAUGACAGUGCACAACUCCCCCUCCCCCUCAUUUGUCAUGCAAAAACCCAAGUCCAGUUGCUACCUUGUGGCGCCGUGAUGUGCAUGGCAAAUUCCAGAAAUCCAAACAGUACUGCACUCGGCGCAUGAACUCCUUGUCAUGCACAGGGUCCUCAACCCGUACUGGUGUUUGUAAUGCGGUUGAUGCCAUACAAAUGUGAUGAGGGGGGAGUAGUUGUGCACCCUCAUAACACACACGAGCGUUUGCCUCUCGGAAUUCAAGUUUUUUCCCGAAAAUAAAGAACUCCGGGACAAGAACAGAACAAAGCCGUCAACUGGUCGUUCUCGUGAUCAGCAAGUUGCACAGGUAGAUGAACAGCAGGGCGUCAUCCUUCUUCUCGGUGCGGAAAAGGAAGGUCUGCCCGCGGAAUUGAUCCUAUGCAUUGCAAAUAUGUCUGGGUCUGGAAAAGUGGAACUUGUAUUGUGUGUCCAGGAUUCCAGAAAAAUCUGUGUUGCAUAAAAGCAACAAAAGCGCUGCAAUUUCGUCACGCAAAAGCGCAGUUUAUUGUAAUGCGCACUAAGGACGAUGAGAAAGCGUCUGAACAAUUACAAUUUGUCACGCUACACUGCUCUGACAGGCGCAGUUACUCAGGGCCAUGCAGCAUUACAGGUUUCCAGACCCAGACAUAUUUGCAUUUGAUAGAUCCACAUGUGCGACCAGUGCGUGGAGAUUCCGCAGAGGGGAUACGAAAGCCUCAGAAUGGAAAUCCUCAAAGUGGAAAUAAUUUGCGUUGCAUGAAAUGCGACGCAAAAAAGACUGUAUUGCAGAGGACGCAAUGGAGGCCGAUUACUGUCCUUCUACGGGUUCAGGAUUGGUGGAGUGCUGAUUAGCACGAGAGAAGGGCACCCGUUUGCGUUAACCAGCAUGACAGGCAUGCUUUGAGUGCUCGGGAAAUUUGUCAUGCGCCGCCUAGAAGUGGCGCUCCAACAGGAGUGGUUUUUUGCAUUGCAAACUAUUUCCGCUUUGAGGAUUUCCAACCUGAGGCCUUCAUAGGGGAAUCAUUCGGAGUCUGAAUGUGCACGUGUCCGCGGCCUUGAUAAUUUGGGAGUACUAUCCCCAGUAGAAACGACGGGGGCGGCCCCACCUCCACCUCGUCCCGAUAGUUGUUGUCAUGCGAAGCUCCUCCUGCAACAUCCAUAAAACUACUCCUAGUCCUACAUUCUAUAGCUUUUCAUGCGCAGCGGCAGCCCAAGGAAAAGCAUUUUUAGUGGUGUUUUGGAAAUGGAAUUUGUCAUGCUUAUAUCCGCAUGAAGCGCUCAAUUUGAAUUUGUGAUGCUCCUGCGCUAGCUUGUGAACUACACGAGGGCCUUAUUGCGAGCCCAAGCUUGUUAUGCGCGAGCGCGACAGCCAAAGUGUAGCAGUUUUCCCAUCUUGGCGCUAGGGAGGUGUGGCCGUUUUUGCUCAGGAUAAGUACGUCCGGCAGGAGAUGCAGUUGCUGGCCGAGAAAAGGAACAACUGAAGAAAUGAUGUACUUAACAAGUAGAUACAACAGGAGGGAGCAGUCUCCUUCUGACGGAAUGUCAAUGUAUUGAAUCAGCAUGAUCAGGAUUAAAAAGCUAUAAUCGCAUUCAUCGCAUCUUCCGCUGAUGCUUCAUACACAUCAGUAGUGCACCUUUAAUAUCAACAUCCUGAAAAAGAAAAGUCGUGGCCACGUGCGCG